UUCUUAGUCACUGUUCGACCUGCGCCAGUACAAGAUGAUUCCUUCGGGGAGAUUUUACCGUUUCGGUUGUACUUUGGCAAACGUUUUGACGCUCAUUGUGGCCCAUCAAUUUGACGUGGAUAACGCGAUAUUGUACGAGAACCCGACUACUGUUACUAAUAAUUCCCGGACAAGUUAUUUCGGGUAUACCGUAGCUCUUUGGAACCGAAAUUCCCAACCGUGGCUUUUCAUCGGAGCACCCAGAGCCAGUUCAUCGCUCUAUAAAACAACCGGCGAGACAGGAACUGUAUUUAAAUGUCAUAUUGGUAAACAAUGCAUGGAAUGGCCUAUAGACAAGCAAGAAGACAAAUCCCAGCAGCCUCAGAAGGGUUCUUGGCUGGGGGGUGCAAUGAUCGUCCAAAAUAAUAAACGUCCAUCUCUUUGGGUAUGUGCCCCAAACUGGAUGGAUUAUUCCAAUAAUGAUGUGUCCAGUGUGCCUAUGCACGGCAGGUGUUAUCGGGUCUCGGCCGAUAAAAUAAACAGUCAAGAGCCACAAGGAUUGAGUAUCGAGCUACUUAAUAAUCCCUUAAAUACUUAUAUCGACCCAAAAGGUCGGUCAUUUAAUUUUCACCGGCUGGCUCAAUGUGGUUUCUCCUUAAAUAUCGCUCAUAGUAAGUCGUCGCAUAGACUUAUCUCCGGCUGUCCAGGGGUGUACGGUGCGCAUGGAACAUCAGUAAUUCAGGAGAAUAACAAACUCGCCUUUAUUGUUCUACAAGCUAAAGGUGACCUCGGUGGAUCUUCUGAUCAAUUUGGAUAUGCGGUAACAUCGGGUAAAUAUUUUGGUGAUGGAGAGCAUAUUGACGCACGUGGCGGACCAAGGGGUAGCAGAAUGCUUGGCCAGGUCCGUCUAUUUCAAUUUCCCUCGAAGGCCGACGAAAAUGACAAACCACGUGAGGAUAUACAAAUAGACGGGACGCAAAUUGGCGAAUAUUUUGGUGCCGCGCUGGCUUCUUGCGAUAUUGAUGCUGACGGUAAAGAUGAUUUGUUGGUUGGCGCUCCACACUGGUCGACAAAUAUUAAGGAACUCGGACGAAUCUAUAUAUACAGAGAAGGUUACGGGACGGUAAGAGUUUUGGAAGAUUGUAGUACAAACAUGAGAAAUUAUGGAUUCAAAAAGCGGGAGCACAUCGCUGGGAAAAUUGACGGAGGAAGAUACGGCACCACAAUUACUUGUCUUGGAGACAUAAAUCAUGACGGCUUUGCAGAUGUCGCUGUCGGCGCUCCGUACAGCGAAAAUGGAAUCGUUGAUAUAUACUAUGGUAGCAAAAACGGACUGGACUUGAAUCACAAGCGUACAAUCACCGGCCCUGAGAACACUAAAGGGUUUGGUUUUUCGAUCUCGGAGGCAGUUGACAUCGAUAAUAACGGAUACGUCGACAUUGCGAUCGGAGCUUAUUUGUCUGGUCACGUGAUGUUGGUUCGAUCGAACCGCAUUGUGAACCUGAACGUUAAGUUGUCCAGCAAUGUGACAAGGACCUCCGGUCUGAGACAACGUGCUCAGUUCCUUUCAUUGACAGUAUGUUCCUGGUAUGAAGGUGCAAAUAAAUCCCAAAAUAUCACCGUGACUACGGAGCUAAAGAUCGAUGAUGAGUAUCAAAGAGCAACAUUUUCCGAUAAAACAAUUGACAGUAUAAACAAAACAGUAUACAAGUUUGAUACUAUCCUGAAAGCUGACCAAAAAUGGUGCAACAAUUAUAUAGUAAAUAUAAUCAAAAAGCCGGACUAUUUCCUCUAUCCGUUGAAAUUCUCGGUGAGACAGAAUUUGACAAAACAUGAAAGUCAGACUGGGCUGUUGAAGGUGAGAAAAAAUGGUGCCUUCACGAGUAAAGAUAAUUUCUGUGAAUCUUGCGCUGUAAUGAACGAGUUCCAAGAACCACCUGAGGACCACUUGGAAGUACCAUUUGCACUUGAAUGCAACAACAGAGAAUUUUGUUCAUCAAGUUUGUCGAUCAAUGUGGUGACCAAUUGGAACGAUACAAAACCUUACGUGAUUGGUUCCUCGGAAGUGAUUGAAUUGGACGUAACCGUAAAAAAUGACGGCGAACGAGCAUAUUUCACCAAGGUGAACAUCUCUAUGCCAAGUUGCAUUCAACUUCAUAAUUCCGGACCAUUGAUAUGCGAAGAAGUAGAAAAUGUUCACGAAAUUCGCAAGGUUACUUGUAACAUCUCCGAUUCUCUGGACCACGAUGAAACGCAAUCUGUAAAAGUAAGCUUGGACGCAGCCAUGAUGCCAACUGAUCUCGACAAGAUAACUCUGAACGCAACAGCAGUAACGUUCAGUAACGAUACGAAAUUGGGAAACUACACCGCUAGUCUGUCGAUAUCAUGUGUCGUCAAAGCAGCAAUCGGAAUAGCAGGGGCAUCGGAAGAGACUUUGUACCCUUACACGUUGAGCGGACCGGCGGAAGAUUUGCCGAAUAUAAGGUUCCGACACACCUUCGGAAUAAGGAACGACGAAAUUACUCCGAUAGAACAAGCGUUGGUCAGCGUUUCUGUUCCAACACAUUGGGUUGCGAGUGGUAACGAAGACGUCGAAAUUGUCAGACUGAAUGAAACGAGGGGUGGAAUUUCGAAACCGGGGGAAGAUAUGGACACCAAAAUCCUGUUACAAGUUACGGAUGUUGAGGCCUUGAGCAGCAAUGCGAUUAUGAUGAGCGAAUGGCUUCCCGACAAGGAAUCGUCGAAAACAGAGACCGAUUUCGCAAAGGUUAACGGACAAGUAUUCGCGGCUUCUGCCGAAAACAGAACCCUCUUCAUGAAUUGUACCAAUCCGGCGUUCAAGUGCACAACGGUCAGUUUCGAGUUGGGACCAUUGAAGCAGUCCACAGCCACACUCGAUCUUGUCCUCGACAUAUUCUUCUCUAACAUUAAACCCGACAUAAUCGGAAAGAAGGAUAUUAUAUUCUUUGUGACAAAUGCCAGUACAAAAAUCCUACAACCAAAUACUCGGUUGAUUGCCAAUAUGAAUCCGGUUUCGAUGAUGGUUGCCACAAAGUUCGUUGGAUCACCGCAAGAUCAACAUGUAGCUGCGUGGGUUAUAGUAACGUCGAGUUCUGUGGGACUAAUACUUCUGGUAUUACUUGUCCUUGCACUCGUAAAGCUUGGAUUUUUCAAGAGAACUAAGAAAACGAAACUCGAAGCUUUGAAGCGACAGAGUGGCGCGUGUCCCAAACUUGUUUUAGAAACUACAUCGUCAACAGAAGUUUUGGACAAGCCGUAUUACAUAAGUAAUUAAUUAUGAUAAACUUAAGUAUCUUAUGCAAUUAACCCCAUUUAAGUCUAAUUAUUUACUGAAACUGCAAAACUAAUCAGUUAAUUGGUA